AUGGCUGAGAACUGGGAAGAGGAGGAGGAGCGGCUCGCGCAGCAGACAGGCGGCAUGAACCUUAACCAGCAGGCCCAGCAGCCCCAGGCCUUUGUUCCCGGCGCAGCCUCCUUCACCCCCGGCGCAAACUCGUUCGUCCCCGGCCAGGCCUACAACCAGUACCAGCAGCAGGGCUACGGGCAAUACCAGCAGUAUGGAGGAUACAACCAGCAGCAGCAGUACGGCGGCCAGUACGGCGGCUACCAGCAGCAGCAACAGGGCGGUUAUCCCAACUACAACCAGGGGCAGCAGGGUGGCUACCCUAACUAUGGACAGCAGGGUGGAUACGGGCAGCAGCAGGGAUACCAGCAAAACUACCAGCAGCCGCAGCAGCAGCAGGCACCCGUAAAGAUCGCCAAGCGUGGCGAGGUUGAUGAGCCAAAGAAGGAGGCAGCGCCCAAGGCCAAGGUCCUCUCCAUCGGUGGCGAUGCGCCCAAGCCCAAGACCCUCUCCCUCAGCGCAGCAGAUACCGCUGCGCCCAAGACCGAGAAGGUUGGUGGUACCAAGGUGCUUUCUCUCGGAGGCGCCCCCGCCGCUGAGAAGUCGAUCAAGGAGACCCAGGACAAGACCGCACCAGAGGCUGGUGCUAAGGUUGCUGCUAAGCAGGCAAUCGAGAAGACUGGCGAACCCACCAAGGCCACACCCGCUAGCUCUGGCCGCACAUCACCAACACCCGCAUCCGGACGCAGCAGCCCCACCCCCACAGCGAAGGACAAGGUUAUUCAGAAGGCCGCCGAUAUCGAGAAGGAGGUGGAGGAGGUCGUCGACGAGGCCACACUUGCUGAGAUUUACGGAAAAGAGCACGUCAACAUCAUCUUCUUGGGUCACGUCGAUGCUGGAAAGUCUACACUCGGAGGCAGUAUCCUUAUUUCUACCGGCAUGGUCGACGAGCGAACACUCGACAAGUACAAGCGCGAAGCCAAGGAUGCCGGUCGUGAGACAUGGUACAUUUCGUGGGCGCUCGACCUGAACAAGGAGGAGCGACAGCAGGGUAAGACCAUCGAGGUUGGUCGUGGGUUCUUCGAGACCGAGAAGCGCCGCUACUCUAUCUUGGACGCACCUGGCCACAAGACAUACGUUCCCAACAUGAUUGGUGGCGCAUCGCAAGCAGACGUUGGUCUCCUUGUCAUUUCAGCGCGUAAGGGCGAGUACGAGACUGGUUUCGAGAAGGGCGGUCAGACACGAGAGCACGCCAUGUUGGCCAAGACACAAGGUGUAAACAAGCUUAUUAUCGUGGUCAACAAGAUGGACGACCCCACUGUCGAGUGGUCCGAGGCCCGCUUCAAGGAGUGCACCAGCAAGGUUGUUCUCUUCCUCAAGGGUCUUGGGUACAACCCCAAGACGGACAUCUCCAUGAUGCCCGUGAGCGCGCAGACCUUCACUGGUAUCAAGGACCGUGUACCAAAGGAGAAGGCUCCCUGGUACGAUGGCCCGUCUCUCCUCGAGUACCUGGACGACAUGCAAGCAUUGGAGCGUAAGAUCAACGCUCCCUUCAUGAUGCCCAUCGCAGCCAAGUACAAGGACAUGGGUACCAUGAUCGAAGGCAAGAUCGAGUCCGGAAUCAUCAAGAAGGAGCAGAAGUACCUCAUGAUGCCCAACAAGGAUCUCAUCCACAUCUCCGCCCUGUACGGAGAGCAGGAAGACGAGAUCCCCGGUGCCACAUGCGGUGACCAGGUCCGCAUCCGUCUCCGCGGUGUUGAAGAAGAAGACAUCCUGCCCGGCUACGUUCUCUGCUCGCCAAAGCGACCCGUCAACUGCGUCUCCACAUUCGAGGCGCAGAUCGUGCUGUUGGACAUUAAGUCCAUCUUCACAGCCGGUUUCAACUGCGUGCUGCACGUCCACGCCGCACAGGAAGAAGUCACCAUCUCGGCGCUGCUGCACAAGCUCGAGAAGGGCACUGGCCGCAAGUCCAAGAAGGCGCCUGGUUUCGCCACAAAGGGCAUGAGCAUCAUCGCCAGGGUCGAGGUAACGGGCACAGCAGGCUCGAUUUGUGUCGAGCGCUUCGAGGAUUACCCCCAGCUGGGUCGCUUCACACUAAGAGAUCAGGGUCAGACCAUCGCCAUCGGCAAGAUCACCAAACUCAUCACCGACACUGCUGCUUAA